AAGCGGACCAUCGAUAUAUAUUUUCAAGUAUUAUCGAUAUCAAGCCAGCAUUUUUUGGGCGGUGUUCGCGUUUUGUUUUCGUUAAUUAUUUUGCUUCUUGAGCAGCCCCAGACCCUCAAAAAACAGAACUAAAACUAACUCAAGAUGAAAUCCCUCGAGAAGUGCCUACUGGCAGUGGUUUUAGCAUGCUGUCUGUUUCAAAUGGGCCAGGCCAUCAAGUGUUGGGAUUGUCGCAGCGACAAUGACCCGAAAUGCGGAGACCCCUUCGACAACAGCACCCUGGCUAUAACAGAUUGCCAGCAAGCACCCGAACUGGAGCACCUGAAGGGAGUUAGACCGACGAUGUGCCGGAAGAUCAGGCAGAAGGUGCACGGGGAGUGGCGUUAUUUCCGGAGCUGCGCCUACAUGGGAGAGCCCGGAAUCGAAGGCGACGAGCGCUACUGCCUGAUGCGCACUGGCAGCUACAACAUCUUCAUGGAGUAUUGCACCUGCAACAGCAAGGAUGGCUGCAAUUCUGCGGGUGUCCAUCGUAUGGGUUGGAUGGGUGUGUUGUUUGGCACCCUGGCCUCCGUCCUGGUGGCGCAUUUUUUGCGGCAAUAGAUGCACGGGAUGGGAUUCUUUUCUACCCGUAGCCAAUGCCCCUCGUCGCCCAUUUUCUAAAAGAUUUGUCAAUUCUCGAUAAAAGGACUGGGCUUUCAUAUUUUGCCUAAAUAUUAGUCCGAAAUUUUUAAACUUGAAAGCUUUUCUUUCUCAAAAAUUAUGUUAAAUAUUUUUUUAAUGUUUCAAUUUCUUUUUAUCGAGUACUGACAAUGUUUUAGCCAAUGAGCAAUGUGUAAUCAAGUGCCUUUAUUUACUGACUCGAAUUGUAUCUUAAAUGUGGAAAUCCAUUUCCGUCCUGAUGUAUCUUACGCACAUAAACUCCGUACUUUCUAAGGUCAAUCCUGAAAUCUUUUCGUGCCUAGAUUAAGUCUCUAUCAGCCUUACAAGUUAUUGUUGUAACGCAAAAAGACAAUUAGAACAUUUUUGUAUUUGAAAUAAACCAUUUACACACAAAA